AUGUCUGAGAUCCCUCUGCAUAGUCUAGGACGAGCUAGAAAGUCUAAAGCCGGGUACGCGCUCCUCAACGGCGAACCAACCGACAACGAGCAACAGAGUCAGGACAUGCCUUCAGGCACUACUAUAGCGGCUUCUGUUUCGUCCAGAAUAUCCCGGAAAGGCAAACACAGAGAGAGGUACGCGGAUCAGGCGGAGGAAGAGGCGGCGAACCUGCUCGGGGAUGAGUUCCAAGACGACGAUGGAGAGGACGAAGUGCGUACACCAAGCCUGUCGGAGCCAUCAUCACAGCGGUCGUCGUUGGUACGCAGAGGCAAGUCGGCCAGCAACGACAAGUCCAGGACGGUUCCCUUCCGUCCGCCAGACAACUUGCGAACUCGAUAUCCGCCAAAUAUUGUUCGCAACCAAAAAUACAAUGCCUUCACGUUCCUACCAAUCGUGUUCUACGAGCAAUUCAAGUUCUUCUUCAACCUAUAUUUUCUGUUGGUUGCGCUAUCUCAGUUUGUUCCUGCCUUGAAGAUCGGUUUCAUUGCGACCUACAUCGCUCCUCUUGCCUUUGUGCUAUGUGUAACUAUGGGUAAAGAGGCAUAUGAUGAUUACCAGCGCAAUCUUCGAGACCGCGAAGCCAACUCCCAGAGGUAUCUUGUCCUCGAACAUUCCGCGGAUUUGCAUGACUCUGGGCCACAUACUCGUUCGGUUCCUUCUUCGAGCCUCCGGGUAGGCAACCUGGUCGUUCUGGAGAAGAAUCAACGAGUGCCUGCUGACCUCGUGUUGCUACGCACGUCUGACCACUCGGGGACGUGCUUCAUUCGCACCGAUCAAUUGGACGGCGAAACUGACUGGAAGCUGCGUGUCGCUGUCCCUGCAUGCCAGAAGCUCGUCAGCGAAAUGGAUUUGCUGAGCCUUGAUGCUGAAAUUUAUGCGGACGCGCCGAUAAAGGACAUCCAUACUUUCAUCGGAACGUUCACCAUUAACUCCCCAUCUACCACAUCGGUGAAUGAUGUUCCUAUGGUACCUGUACCCACUGUUGAGCCUCUGACAGCGGAGAACGUGUUGUGGGCAAACACUGUCCUUGCUGCCGGCUCAGCAGUCGGGCUUGUAAUCUACACAGGUGCCGAGACUCGUGCGGUGAUGAACACCAGCCACCCGGAGACAAAAAUUGGGCUGUUGGACCUUGAAAUCAACAGGUUGGCGAAGAUUCUCUGCGCUGUCACAUUUGCGUUAUCAGUCGUGCUCGUUGCCCUGAAUGGUUUCCGGGGCCAGUGGUACAUAUAUAUAUUCCGCUUUUUAAUUCUUUUCUCCUCCAUUAUACCCAUCAGUCUACGUGUUAACCUCGAUAUGGGGAAGACAGUUUACGCGCAACAAAUCAUGACUGACAGCGAGAUACCCAGUACGAUUGUGCGGACCAGCACCCUUCCUGAAGAACUUGGACGAAUAGAAUAUCUCCUGAGUGACAAGACAGGUACUCUCACUCAGAAUGAAAUGGAGAUGAAGAAGCUGCAUAUGGGUACGGUAUCGUAUGGUUUCGACUCCAUGGACGAAGUGGCCCACCAAUUGUCGAUGGCAUUUGGUACCAGUGCUGAGCAGGUUCACAAUAGGACAGGAACAACUGCCACAGGGAUACAACUCGCAACAAGAGGGCGACGAGACAUGUCUUCCCGUGUUCACGACGUGGUUCUCUCUCUCGCUCUCUGUCAUAAUGUUACUCCGGUGACAAAUGACGAUGGCACCGUUACAUACCAAGCUUCGUCGCCCGAUGAAGUUGCUAUCGUGAAAUGGACAGAAUCCGUGGGUCUUACACUGACAUUUCGGGAUCGCACCCGCAUACAAUUGCAGACACCAUCUGGUGCCCGUAUAAACUUCGAAGUCCUCGACAUCUUCCCCUUCACUUCGGAGUCGAAGCGCAUGGGCAUCAUUGUGCGCGACGUGCAGACCGGUGAGACUACCUUCCUGCAGAAGGGCGCCGACGUUGUGAUGGCAAAGAUCGUGCAACGGAACGACUGGCUUGAGGAAGAGUGCGCGAAUAUGGCUCGUGAGGGCCUACGGACCCUUGUUGUAGGCAGACGCAGACUCAGUGACGCGUCUUACACACAUUUCAAGGAAAAACACUAUGAAGCUAGUGUUCGGCUUGAAGGUCGCAGCGAAGCAAUGACAGCAGUGAUCGAGGAACUGCUGGAGCGUGAUCUGGAGUUACUUGGUCUUACGGGUGUAGAAGACAAACUGCAGGACGAUGUCAAAUCAACUUUGGAGCUUUUGCGUAAUGCCGGGAUCAAAAUCUGGAUGCUCACAGGGGACAAGAUCGAGACAGCGACUUGUAUAGCCAUCUCGACGAAGCUUGUAGCAAGGAAUCAGUACAUUCAUCAAGUUGCAAAACUUAAAACCUCCGAUGAAGUACGGGAUCAACUUGAAUUUCUCCAGAACAAGCUUGACUGCUGCCUGGUUAUUGACGGUGAAUCACUGCAGCUGUGUCUAAACCUCUUCAAGAACGAAUUCAUUGAGAUUGCAACUAAGCUAUCCGCCGUCGUUGCAUGUCGUUGCUCGCCGACACAGAAAGCAGAUGUUGCGCGUUUGAUACGUCGUCACACGAAGAAGAGAAUAUGCUGCAUUGGCGACGGAGGUAAUGAUGUCAGCAUGAUCCAAGCGGCCGACGUUGGUGUCGGCAUUGUUGGAAAGGAAGGCAAACAAGCAUCGCUAGCUGCCGACUUUUCUGUGACCCAGUUCAGCUAUUUGACAAAACUACUGCUGUGGCAUGGGCGAAAUUCCUAUCGUCGUUCUGCCAAGCUGGCACAGUUCGUCAUUCAUCGUGGCCUGAUCAUCUCCGUCAUGCAGGCCGUGUUCUCCGCUAUCUUCUAUUUCGCUCCAAUAGCGCUCUACCAAGGCUGGCUCAUGGUCGGAUAUGCAACGGUGUACACCAUGGCCCCUGUGUUCUCUUUGGUGCUAGAUCGAGAUGUCAAUGAAGAUCUCGCUCUGCUGUACCCUGAGUUGUACAAGGAACUCACGAAAGGCCGUGUGCUUUCCUUCAAAACCUUCUUUAUGUGGCUCAUGAUCAGCUUAUAUCAAGGCGCCGCUAUCAUGAUCAUGUCGCUCAUUCUGUUUGAGAACGAGUUUUUGAACAUCGUCUCUAUAUCUUUCACGGCUCUGAUCCUGAAUGAACUCAUCAUGGUUGCGCUAGAGAUCACAACAUGGCACAUAUAUAUGAUUAUUUCGGAGAUCGUCACUCUUUUGCUCUACGUCGUCAGCAUAGCAUUCCUGCCUGAAUACUUUGAUCUUUCAUUCGUGCUGUCUCUCCGAUUUGCAUGGAAAGUGGGCGUAAUCGUCGCCAUCAGCGCAUUUCCAUUGUACAUAAUCAAACUCAUUCGCAGCCGAAUCGCGCCCGCUGCGUCUAGCAAAUUAUUGUAA